GUGCUGAACAUAUUACCACACGUGUAUUUGUUUAUUUUCCGUCACAGACAUUUUUUGUCUUUACUUAACUAAUAUUUUUAUAAAUUAUAAUUAUGGGUGGAACGCAUAAAAAGAAAUUGCGUGCCGAAAAGGCUAAAGUGAAGCUAAAAGGUGCCAAAUUACCUAAAGGUCUCAAUAUAACUAAAACAGAAUUCAAAGUGCGUAAAAUUACAAUUCGUGAACAACUGAAAGAAAACCAAUACGCAGACGGUCAAAAACAAGUGAAUCUUAAGGAAACCUUAUCGAAACUUAAGCAUCACAGCUCUAGUUUUCGCAUCGAAUCAUUAAGAAACCUGAGAGAUGUCAUCAGCCUUAAUCAUCCUGGUUUAUUGUCAUCCUUAAAUGAUGUUAUACAGGGUAUAUCGGCAAUUGCACUGGAUGUGGAGCGGGAUGCCAGAAAGGAAUCAUUUAAAACACUCAGUAAUUUGUUGGGUCACUUGUCAGUAGAAGCUGUAUCUCCAUUUUUUCACAUAAUUUCUUCGUAUCUUCGUUGUGCUAUGACGCACAUACAACCGACCAUACAAGAGGAUGCUUUGAUGAUGCUGGAUGUUUUGCUUCAGCAUGUACCCCACUUGGUGGCUGUUCAUAGUGCAAAAAUCUUUCAAAAUUUCUUGGAAAUGAUAUCAAGAGUUAGAGCAGAAGGUGACAAGGCCGGACGUAUGUUAACUGUGAAUAUGGGCCAAAGACAGACUACAAUUAAAUGGCGAUCAAAGGUUCUGUUGCGUUUGCAACAAAUGCUACAAACUUUAGCGGAACACAAACGCAACAAUCGUGAAGAUGCCUCGAAGUCUAACAAUAACAAUAAUGUAUUCAAAACUUUUAGCACAAAAACUGAACAGCACUUUGGUAUCAAGCGAUGUUUUGCGUCGAAUCAAAUUUGUGAUUUAUCAUUAAUUUUCAACCGUUCUCUAGGCAGUUCUACACUAUCGGGUGAAAUUAGUAUCAGUGAUGAAUCGGCACAGUUACAUUCGUAUGUAGAACACUUAAUGCCUUUGCUCUUAGAGUCAUGGUUGGAAGUGAGACCCCAACAAAUGUCUUGUACAGGCACUAUCGAAACAUUGCUUACACUUGAUGCUGCGAUAACUUUGAAAAUUAUAUUGGAAAUAAUUGAGAAUUUGUGGUCGCUGAUAGAAAUAUAUGAACAACAAGUGAAUAAUCACGAUUUGAGUCUAUGGUUCAAAGAUCAAUAUGCAGAUGUUUUUGCAGCCAACUUUUUACAGGAUUCCUAUCCGUAUCAACAACUGACAUUCGAAGAGAAUGAUGGUAACGCAAAAAGAAAAAAUAAACGAGCAUGUACCGAAUUGUCGCCAUAUUGUUAUCAACAAAACAUAACAAUAGGAUAUUUAAUGUGCCGUUUUUAUUCAAAUACCUUGGAUAAACAAUCUUCUAGAUUUAAUGCUGUCUUUAAAUAUCUUACAAAAAUAGUCAAUUCCACAUCAUCAAAAAAUUCGUAUGACUUCCUACGACCUUUAGUUUUAGCUUUACGUGCGCUGCUAUUAGAAAAUGGAUCAGCAUUAUUAGACCUUCAUGAGGAUGCCACAAAAAUUCUUCUGAGAAGCUGUAUUAAAGCGUUUUUAAGCAACAAGUUUAGCGAAGUUGGAAUAUCCUCGAAAAUCCUGAUAUUACUAUGUGAAAUAGUGCAAGAUUCUAAGCUCUACAAUGCGUAUGGCAGUGAAGAGUUUUGUGAAUUUUUGGAAUAUUUACCAAAACUUUUAUUAAAGCCCACAAUAAGUGAAGCAUGUCUUGUGGCAAUGGGUAAAUUGGGAAAACAACAAAAUACGAUAUUUUUGAAUGCUUUAAGAAGUAUUCUGUCUAAAGUUGUGGAUCAUCUACAUACAAUUCAAGUGGUGGGAGCCGUCAAUGUAUUUGAGGGCAAGAAACAUAUUAUGAAUUUGUUUUAUUGGCUAAAUCCUCAAGCGAGCAUUAAAAAGGACGACUUGCAGAAGCUCUUAAAUGAUGUUGAAUCUAAUGUUGCGGACAAAAGAAUAGCUGGUUACUGUCAAUACAUAUUAACAUCAGCAUAAACAGUUUUACAAUUUUCUUUAUUGUAGGUAUAUUUUUUUUUAAUAAUAAAAAUUACUAUUACAUACUGUAUAACUAAAAUGACAACAUGGAUUAUAAACCUAUGUUUUCUUUUUAAGAGCUUUUGGCUUAAAACGAUCCAAUACACUGGGUUUUGCUUCAUUUUCCAAAGGUAUAAAGUCAUCACCAUCUUCAGUUGAAUGAGAUUUUAUGAUAUUUUGCUUUGUUUCACGUACAUUUUGUAUGAAUUCCUGCAAAAAUACAAAUAGAAAGUAAUGUUAAAUAAAAUAGUA